CAAGCGCGAUCGGGAGCGCCGAUUGGCCAGCGGCGUCGCUGUGACGCACGAGCUCCGCCUCUAUCCGGAAGCAGGCUGUCAUGUGACUAGUUUGUUGGCGAUCUGCUGUAAGGAACCGCAUCAUUUCAUUACGGCAACAAACAAACGCUUGUCCCGCGUAAUUCCCCCUCUCCCCUAGCCGUUCUCCUCUCUCCCUUCUCCGCCAUGGACGAGACGAGCCCGCUGGUCUCUCCGCUUCGCGAUUCCAACGACUUCAACUACGGUCCCGCCGAGCCGACCAGUCCCCGGGGCGGAUUUGGAGGGACGCCGGGCUCCGUGGUGCGUCUCCCGGCCGGGAGUCCCGGACGCAGCCGCGAGCGGCAGCCUCUCCUGGACCGAGACCGAGGUGCGUCGCCCCGAGACCCGCACAGAAACGAGUUCCAGGAGGACCCGGAGUUCAGGGAGAUCAUCCGGAAGGCGGAGCGGGCCAUCGAGGAGGGCAUCUACCCCGAGCGCAUCUACCAGGGCUCCAGCGGCAGCUACUUCGUCAAAGACUCGGCAGGGAAGAUCAUUGGCGUCUUCAAACCAAAGAACGAGGAGCCGUACGGCCAGCUGAACCCCAAGUGGACCAAAUGGCUGCAGAAGCUCUGCUGUCCCUGCUGCUUCGGCCGGGACUGUCUGGUCCUGAACCAGGGCUACCUGUCCGAGGCCGGCGCCAGCUUGGUGGACCAGAAACUAGAGCUCAACAUCGUGCCGCGCACCAAGGUUGUGUAUUUAGCAAGCGAGACGUUCAAUUACAGCGCCAUCGACCGCGUGAAGUCUCGAGGAAAGAGGCUAGCGCUAGAAAAAGUGCCCAAGGUGGGCCAACGUUUCCACAGGAUUGGCCUGCCGCCCAAGGUGGGCUCGUUCCAGAUCUUUGUAGAGGGCUACAAAGACGCCGAUUUCUGGCUGCGGCGCUUCGAGGCGGAGCCUUUACCAGAAAACACUAAUCGCCAACUUCAGCAACAUUUCGAGAGACUGGUGGUGCUGGAUUACAUCAUCAGAAACACGGAUCGAGGGAACGACAACUGGCUCAUCAAAUACGACUGUCCGAUGGAUACGUCAAGCAACAGGGACAGCGAUUGGGUGGUGGUGAAGGACCCCAUCAUUAAACUGGCGGCGAUUGACAACGGACUGGCCUUCCCUCUCAAACACCCAGAUUCAUGGAGAGCCUACCCGUUUUACUGGGCCUGGUUGCCGCAGGCUAAAGUUGCGUUCUCCCAAGAGAUACGAGAAUUAGUUCUGCCCAAAUUGUCCGACCCGAACUUCAUCAAAGACCUCGAGGAAGACCUAUACGAGCUUUUUAAGAAAGACCCGGGUUUCGACCGAGGACAGUUCAAGAAGCAGGUCUCGGUAAUGAGGGGUCAGAUCCUGAACCUGAGUCAGGCGCUGAGGGAGGGCAAGACGCCGCUGCAGCUGGUGCAGAUGCCGCCGGUGAUCGUGGAGACGGCCCGGGCGCCGCAGCGAGCCAACAGCGAGUCCUACACGCAGAGCUUCCAGAGCAGGAGACCCUUCUUCACCUGGUGGUGACGGGGAUCGCGGGAGUGGUAAACAAAGCACGUUCUUCUGAAGGAAAGCCUUGCCUUGUCGACUGUUACACUGUACGAAACACACGAAGCCGCGUUCACGACGACCCGCAUGUCGAUGAAGGAGAAACUUUCUUCCGCCGUAGUGAAAGCUCGCUGCUUGACGGAUGCUCAGCUAUAAGCGUUUUCUCGCCUCGCUUGUGUGCUAGUUUCGUUUUUCUCGCAAUCGUUGAAGUCACACAUUCUCCUGCUUUUUUUUUUCUCUCUCUCUCUCUCUCUCUCUCUCUUCCCCCCUCAUUAUAUUUUUCUACUUUUUUACGCUCACCUUUCUGGCGCUCGUAACCUGGAGGCGGGGUCGCCGGAGCGCGCGCGGAAACACUGGAACGUUCCAUUUUCACGAUUCUUUUUGAUUUCGAUUUCAUUUGAAUGUUGAAGAUGUUUUUUUUUUUUUUUUUUUUUUACAAUUUAUCCACAGGUGUCGACAAAACUGACCUUAAAACGUGACAAUGGACUGUAUGAUUUGUAAUGUAAUGUAUUUAAUGAAAGAUGCUAAAACUAUAACCGUGCGACACUCAAUAAACGAACAGACUUGAGUUUUAUUUCAAAAACGGUUUAAUUGGAAGUUGAGAAAAAAAAAAAAACUCUUGUUCUUGUGCAUGUAGUAGUGUUUCCUGUUUUCGGCUACAUGUUUACUUCCGUAUUGCUUGUAAAUGUCUGUCUAAGUGACAGAAGAAGACAUUAAAUAAUCAGCACUAAUAGUGUCCAGCAUA